UCACAUGCUAUACAUGAUUUAAUAAUUUCUUUUGCUUUCGUUUUAGGGGCAGUUUUUAAUGAAGAUCCUGAAUGUUAUAUUUUGCUGAGGAAUAUUGAACUAGUAUACUAUGAUAUUUUUCACAAUUCACGCAAAUAUUGCAGAUUUGAUCCUCCAGAAAUUCCAAAAGGUUUUGUUCCUCAGCAUAAGUUUCCUGCCCCUCUUGAAAUUGGCAGCAAGAGUGCUGAUGCCCCUCCCCCAGAGGUGCCGCCUCCGGAGAAUAACAAUCUUAAGGUCUUGAUUGAAGGAGUGGCAACUCUAGUAGCUCGCUGUGGAAAAUUAUUUGAGGAUCUCUCUAGAGAGAAGCAUCGGUCAAACCCCUUAUUUGCUUUUCUUCAUGGUGGAGAUGGCUGUGAUUUUUAUGCAAGGAAGCUGUGGGAGGAGUGCCAGAAGCGUGGCAAUCAAACCAAACUGUGGGAAGGGAAAAUGUUUCAGAAUUCACAUAAGAUGUCAGCUGAAAGCCGAGGAAAAGUUUUAGGAGAAAAGGCCCUGCAAAAAAGCACAGAAGAUUCAAGCUCUAUGAUUGCUUCUGCUGAUGCUGUUAAUCUUCAGUUUAAUCUUUCAGAUACAUUCAUUAAGCCUGCUUCAUUUCAUGAAGUUCUGGAAAUUGCGAAACCAUUCUCUGAUGAUCCUGCAAAGCAGAAAAGAUUUGAGCAGUUCUUGAAGGAGAAGUACCGAGGAGGUCUUCGCUCUAAAGAUUCAGGUGGGGCAAGUGGAAUGUCUGAAGCUGCUCGUGCUCGUGAAAGAUUAGAGUUUGAGGCUGCCGCUAUGGCUAUAGAGAAAGAAAAAUUGGAUAAAGAAAGCAAGGCUACCAGUCAGUUGCUUAAGGAUUUGACAGCUUCUGCAGGAUUGCAGUUUACUACCAGUGGAGUGGAGAAAGCUCAAGUUCAACAAGAUGAAGAAUUGAUGCCCAAAACGAUGUAUCCAAAACGAGAAGAGUUUCAAUGGCGACCCUCACCAAUUUUAUGCAAGCGAUUUGAUUUAACUGACCCUUACAUGGGCAAGGUAUGCAUUUUUAAUUACACCAAGGUUUGCUGUUUUUUCUUUAUACUUUUGGUUGAAUGAUUAGUAUUUUGUUGU